AUGAAGGGUGGUGGAAGCAAAGUUUACCAGAACACUGCUUCUGAAUUUGGUUUUGAGGCUUCAAACAUCGGUAUGGAAGGAAGUGAUGUAGCCAUCACCACCCGACGAUCGACCAUAACUUCUGAUGGCAGUGGUUGUGGUUUUGCUACUCCACUGAAACGGAAAAGAGGCAGACCAAGAAAAUACGACUCCCAUGGAAAUUUCAUAAGAAGACCAAGUGCACAAUCACCAUCGCCAUUGCCGAUCCACCAGCAGCCACUUGGGUCUGCUCACCAUCAACUUCAUGCCAUGGGGCAAGACAUGCAUGGUGACACUGAAGGAAUGGAACUUACACCUUAUGUCAUACAAGUGUGUACCGGAGAGGAUGUAGCAGAAAAAAUAAUUGCUCCCUUUCAAAUCGGUCCGAGAUGCAUAUCAGUUCUGUCUGCAAUUGGUAUGGUUUAUAAUGUCGUGAUUCGACAGCCCGAUUCUAGUUCUUAUGCUCAUUUGCUGAAAUAUGAGGGCAUAUUCGAGAUUCUGCGUUUAUCAGGCACAUUCAACAUUUCUGAAGAUGGUAAAAUUCAGACAGGAGGUUUAAGUGUUUUACUCUCUCGCACUGAUGGUCAUAUCAUUGGUGGCACCCUUGGUGGUUCCCUAUUGGCUUCUACCCCAGUCCAAAUGGUUGUGGGUAGCUUCAUACCAACUAGGAAACAAAAGCUUCCUAAGAAGAGGAACCUAUAUGGCCUUAGAAUGCGAGUAUCUCCACAUGUAGGUCUUGACCCGAAAGUUGGAACAUCAGAAAACCCAAUCUCACAGGCACCGCCGGUCCACAAGCUUCAAGUUACAUCACAUGAACCAGCGCCAACCACUGGCAUGAAGACAAAUGAUGGUGGGACAAGUUAUACGAAGCAUAAACCAAGAGCAAGUAGCUUGGUACCCUCGUGGAAUCUGAAAUUAUCUCCAGAUUUGAAUGUUGAUGCAUCUAUGGAGUAA